AUGAAUCACAUUGGUGGAUUUAUUACGUUCAUUAAGCCUGGUACAGCGUGUAUAGUACUGGCCGGUGGUGUGGCUAUUAGUGGUCUCACAGAGAAAGCGUUGUUUAGUUUGACAACUAAAGGAAAGGAGUAUCGUAACCUCCCGGAGCCCGCGCUACUCAUUAAUGCGUUUGGCGUGAGUAUAGUGGUGUUCAUUAUAGCUGUGCUAUAUCUGGUCACCCGACCCCAGUAUGCGAGAAAGGAUGUGCCCGCGAUUAAUAAAAAGGAUUAAAGUGCCAAAAAUAUUAAGAUAUUUUGUAGUAAGAUUUUUA